AUGGGGGCCCUCGCGGCCGCCCUCCUGCUCUGCGCACUGGCCUCUCUGGGCCGCGUGUGCGGGGCGGCCUGGCCCACGCACACGGCCUGCAGGAGCGGGGACCUGGAGAUGCGCUACCAGAGCUGCGAUCCAUUACAAGAUUUCGGCUUUUCUAUUGACCAGUGCUCCAGACAAUUGAAAUCCAAUCUCAACAUUAGAUUCGGAAUCAUUCUGAGAGAGGACAUCAGGGAGCUGUUCCUGGAGCUGGGUCUCCUCUCGAAGGGCGAGUCCAUUAUGCACAUCUCCUACCCCAUCUGUGAAGAGGACCUGCCCAAGUUCUCCUUCUGUGGGCGAAAGAAAGGGGAGCAGAUUUACUUCUCCGGCCCUGUGAACAACCCUUCGUUUGAAAUCCCCAAGGGCGAGUACCAGGUGCUGCUGCAGCUGCGGAACCAGGCCUGGGCCCUGGUGGCCUGCGCCAACGCCACGGUGGUCGGCCUCUGAGCGGACCCCGCCUGCCCUGUGGAGAUGCCUGGCCCCAGCCAGAGCAGCGCUGACCACAGGGGCUCCCCUGCGGCCCCCCUGGGGCCGCGGCUCCCACCCUCUGCAGGGGUCAUGGACCCAAGAAGCACGGUUCCUGGGGCCCCGGUGGCCAGGGGACAGGGGCGAGGCUGCAGCCUCCUCGAGGGGGGGCCCCGCUCUGGACUUUCCUGCCAUCCCCUCGCCGAGCCACCGAGGUGCCAGCCCCCUCCCCGCAAGGAGACCUGAGAACCAGGCAAAGGGCCAGGAGAGAAAAUGCUUGUCUUUCUGAAUUAAACAGUUCUCUGUAAAAAAAUAAAAAAUAAAAAUACGCGUGGA